AUGUACGACACCGCCGGUCCCAUCCAUCUGGAUUAUCUCAACCAGCAGCAUCUACCACGACGCUACGAAUCGGAAGAGGAGGAUAUCUCGGAGUCCGAAAUGGGCGGUCAUGACCAUGCUUUCUCUCCCGUUGAGUCGUAUGAGCCAUCAAAUGCCGAUAUCAGCGAGUCGGAGAUCGAGAGGCCCGGAUUCCCUCGUUUACUACCUACAUAUUCAUCCUCCGGGAAAACAUCGCGGCCGGUAUCGAUGGAUACUAUCAAACGAAGCAGUGGGACGACCUUUGUAGCAGACUCUUACAUCUUCGAACAUGAUGACGACGUCAUUAUUGAGCUCCCUUCCCCUGACGCUACUUCCCCCUUGCAAUCUCCUAUCUUCCUGCCUCCGAGUGUAUAUGUUCCAUCAGAGUCGCCCGUAUCAACGAGGCCCCAAUCGCUUGCGUCUCUGUCUUCUGCCUCAAUGUAUCCUGACGAUGAAUCAGACGUGCUCGUAGCAGAGCAGGUUAAAAUCGUCGAACCAAUUGCAAAGCCCAACCUAAUCUUAAUCAGCCCAGUCUCAGAGCACUCAUCCUCCCCCUUUAAGGAUACUGUCCCUACACCUAAUACCACCAAGUCGGAUGCAAGCGAGAACGUCUCUCAGGGGCUGUACUCGCAUCGUCGGGCAGCGACAUCUCAGCCUUUAUUAUGGAACAAGUGGGAUCGGGAUUCCGCUCAGGAUGAAGCACUAAAACGGGGCAGCAUGCACUUGACAACUCGCGAACUGGAGCAGCUACCCACCGGAUCAGGUGCCACGAUCAGAUUGCCAGUAGAGGUGCCCCAACUACCACCUCCGAUGACACAGCGCACGCACUCGAUGACCUUCUCACGCCCUGCCACUGCCGUGUCUGAAAAGUUCCCUUCCUCGGAGCUGCAUUCCCGUCGUCCUACGGACAUUCUGCGGCGCCCACAGUCUAUCAGGAGCUUAAGCAGUGCGAGCCUUCCGUUCUUUCAUGGCCGACACACUCCUACUAGUGCUGAUGACGAUUCUCGGACGAGGUCUAUGUCUUACACUCACUCGAGUGCCCGAUCUAUACACGGUAUCCCCUCUCAGUCUAGCUGCCCACCAUCCCGUACCGCAAGCCCUUCUCCAUACUAUUCCUCACCGUCUUUUACCCGGGAACGAUCGGGUUCCUCGUACAGUUCGUCCAGCUUCAGCCGCCCACACCCAUUGAAGAAGGCCUCCACUUCCUCCAGCAUCUACUCCUCCAGCAGCCUCCGCUCUGAGGUGGAGAGUCUCCGCAGCUUGGACCCACGAGACGUAGCCGAGACAGAUUUCCAGCAGAAAGUGAAACGCAAGAAGAGUCUGCGCCACGUCCGGCAAUCGACGGCUGAACCUUCGGAGGGAACGUCGAAGAAGAGCUUUAUGGAGUUUAUGUUCGGAUCCAAGAGAAAGUCCACCAUUAAAAGUCUUAAUGCUUAAUUCCCACAAGUUGCAAUGAAACGACUGGCGGCAACUCUGUCCGAUCUUGAUAUCCUUUCGAUCAUUGCAACUUCAUUCUUUCUUAAUUCCCUAUCUACUGGUGGAAGGUUUUUCUUUUUGAUACCUACACUUAUU